AUGGAAAAGCUGUCCCCUUUCACACCUCCAAUUGUGAAGCGACUUUUAGGGUUAAAAAAAGGAGAACAUGACAGAGAUGAUAAAUGGUCAGAAAAAGCUGUCAAAAGUUUAGUGAAAAAGUUACAGAAAACUGGAGGCCUAGAUGAGUUAACUAAGGCAUUGUCAACACAAGACAUCAACACUAGUUGUAUUACAAUACCAAGAUCUUUGGAUGGUCGUUUACAAGUUUCUCAUCGUAAAGGUUUACCCCAUGUAAUUUAUUGUCGUUUAUGGAGAUGGCCAGAUUUACAGAGUCAUCAAGAACUACGAGCUGUAGAUAAAUGUGACUAUGCCUUUCAUUUAAAACGGGAUGAAGUUUGUGUGAAUCCUUAUCACUAUAUCAGAGUUGUACCACCAGGUAGGUCUGUUGUAUUAGUACCACGUCAUACAGAAAUACCUGAUAAAAUUCCUCAACUUGAUGAUUAUUCAACAACAAUACCAGAAAAUAUUGACUGUAAAGUCGGCAUCAAUGAAAACUUCAGCAUACCAGAUAGCCCACCUCCAGGCUACAUGAGCGAAGAAGGAGACACUUCUGAUACGCAAGGAAUGGGUGAGUUUAUUCUGUCGCCAUUAAAUGCAAUUUUGAUAAAUCUAGAUCUAGAUCCUGUAAACAGCUCUGAUAAUGAUUUACAACCAGUUACAUAUAAAGAACCAGAUUUCUGGUGUUCUAUUGCCUAUUAUGAGUUAAAUACUAGAGUUGGAGAAACUUUUCAUGCUUCACAACCCUCACUAACAGUUGAUGGUUUCACUGACCCUUCCAACUCAGAGAGAUUUUGUUUAGGACUGCUGUCUAAUGUUAAUCGAACUCAACAAGUUGAAAUGACCAGACGUUAUAUUGGUAAAGGUGUUAGAUUGUAUUAUAUUGGUGGUGAAGUAUUUGCUGAAUGUUUAAGUGAAAAUGCUGUAUUUGUACAGAGUCCUAAUUGUAAUCAAAGAUAUGGUUGGCAUCCGGCUACAGUUUGUAAAAUACCACCAGGUUGUAAUUUAAAGAUAUUUAAUAAUCAGGAAUUUGCUGCACUAUUAGCCCAGUCAGUUAAUCAGGGUUUUGAAUCAGUUUAUCAACUUACCAGAAUGUGUACUAUUAGAAUGAGUUUUGUUAAGGGUUGGGGAGCUGAAUAUAGACGACAGACAGUAACUAGUACACCAAGUUGGAUAGAAAUACAUUUAAACGGUCCAUUGCAAUGGUUAGAUCGUGUUUUAACUCAGAUGGGUUCUCCUGGUUUACCAUGUUCCAGUAUGUCUUAAUACAACACUACUGAACAUCAACUACAACAAAAAACAUUGUGACCUCAUUUUUAUACUGUUUGAAACAAGGUCAACUUUCACUGACUUUUGAUAAACUACAUGAGUUUAUUUCAACUAAUUGUGAACUAUUGUCUAAUUUUAAACAUAUUUUAUAAUUGAAGAUGUUGCAAUUGGUAGUCUGUGCUUGCCUAAAGAGAUUUUAUUUUUUGUAAAGAUGGAAUAUUGGAGAUACUACAACUUAAAGGAUGUACAUAUAACUUGAUAAUUGGAGCAAGAAUGAUGAAACUAAAUGAU